AAAACUGCUUCCGGCCCGGGAAGAGGCGGUGGAUUGGCGGGUGUCUUUGAAGCCGGCGCGAGGCGCGGAGUCAGCAGCUGGUGCCCCCCCUUCCCAACUGCCGCCCCCCGCGCGCUCUUUCUCUCUCCUCCCCCCUCCCCUCGGGCCAGGCCUAUUUUUUGGGGGGAGGGGCGUGGUCUUUUUCCUCUCUCGGGGGGGUCUUAAAACUGCCCCCCCUGUGUGGGAAAGGGGGUCACUCAUCCCUUUGUGUUUUCUUUUCCUGGGGGGGGUUGUCCCUGCCUUCAAAGACCCAGUAUCUCCCCCCCCACUUGGAGGGUUGCAUCUUUUUUAUGAUUAUUAAUGUGACUGAUGAUGUGUUUUCUAAGGUGAGGGGCACUGAUCCCUUCCUUGAGAUUUGAGGCUGCGGGGGUGCAUUUCCAUCCCUCCCCUCUUUUCCUUUGGGGACCAAAAUCUCCCCCCCACUUGAAAUUUGAAGGGGUCUCCUGGAUAUAUAUAUUGUGUGUGAAGAAUUUCCCCACUUUUCUGGUUGGAGACAAUUUUAUAUUUUCCAGGAUUUGGGGAUGUCUGUGUUGUGUAUAUUUCCAUCUCUUCUGUAAAAAAGGAGGGGUCCUUCGCUUCCUUUUCUCCCUGCAGGGAUCAAAUCCUUCCCCUCCCGUGAGACCUUAAAGAGCAGCAUUUCCACCCUUUUCUGGGGGGGUGAAUCUCCCCUUUUACUAAUACAUUUUCCAAGUUUUUUUGGGUGUGUGUGUCAUGCAUUCCUUCCUUGAGGCUGCCCCCCUCUUCUUCCAUCUCCAAGACUUUGACAGGCAGCAUUCCUUCCUUUGCGGCUGCUUCUCUUUUUAAUUUUUCUUUUUUGGGGGCGGUCUUGUCUCCCUCCCCUACUUGCUGAGACUUCUUGAAGUACAGCAUCCUGUGAGGCAGUCUCUCCUUUCCAGUUGGGGAUAGUUAUUUAUUUUCCAGAGCUGGGGCGGGGGGAGUUUGUCUCAUCCUUCCACCCACAUGCAUGCAUAUUUCUUUAGGGGAGAGGGGCAUUUUUGCUCGUGCCUGCUUGGAUAUCUUUUUCCCCUUCGCUUUCAAGGACCGAGUCCAUACUCUUGAGUAGUUAUGUUAAAACCUCCUACUCUGUAGCCUCUGCUGCGAGGCUUGGGGACAGACUUGCCCCCGCUUGAGAGACUAGAUUUGGUCUUGGGUUCCCCCUCUGCCUUGUAAUUUGGUCAGCAUGAAUUUUUCUGAAGUAUUUAAGCUCUCCAGUCAAUUGUGCAAGUUCUCUCCGGAUGGAAAAUGCUUGGCCUCAGCAAUGCAGUAUCGUUUGGUGAUUCGCAAUGUAAACACCCUCCAAAUCCUGCAGCUCUUCACCUGCCUGGACCAAAUCCAGCACAUUGAGUGGUCUUCUGAUUCCCUUUUUAUAUUAUGUGCAAUGUACAAACGUGGGACUGUUCAGGUCUGGUCCUUGGAGCAGCCUGACUGGCACUGCAAGAUUGAUGAAGGCUCAGCGGGACUGGUGGCUUCUUGCUGGAGUCCAGAUGGCCGUCACAUUCUCAACACCACGGAGUUCCACCUGCGGAUAACUGUCUGGUCCUUGUGUACAAAAUCUGUGUCUUAUAUCAAGUAUCCCAAGGCCUGUCAGCAGGGAAUAGCAUUCACGAAGGACGGCCGCUACAUGGCCUUGGCAGAGAGGAGGGACUGCAAGGACUACAUCACCCUCUUUGUAUGCAGUGACUGGCAGCUUCUGAGGCAUUUUGAUACUGAGACGCAGGACAUGGCCGGGAUCGAAUGGGCCCCAAAUGGCUGCGUGUUGGCGGUGUGGGACAGCUGCCUUGAGUAUAAAGUUUUGCUGUACUCCCUCGAUGGCCGUCUGCUGUCCAUGUACUGCGCCUACGAAUGGUCCCUGGGCAUUAAAUCUGUUGCCUGGAGCCCCAGCAGUCAGUUCUUGUGUAUUGGCAGUUACGACGAAAAGGUGCGCAUUCUGAACCAUGUGACUUGGAAGAAAAUUGCAGAGUUCGAGCAUCCUGUCAACGUUGCUAACCCCAAGAUUGUUGUCUAUAAAGAGGUGGAGAAGUCGCCAGCAGUGGAAAUGGAGAAACUUGCCUUCCCUCCUACCAAGAAAGUGGCAAGCUCUUUCUUCGGCACAAAGAGUAAAUAUGAAAUUGCCCAGGCCCCUGUUCCUAUGCAUCAUGUCAAACCUGCCGUCGACCGGGCAAAUCCUAGAAUUGGAGUUGGAAUGGUGGCUUUCAGUUCAGAUAACUGUUUCCUGGCAACGAGAAACGAUAACAUCCCUAAUGCGGUUUGGAUCUGGGACGUCCAAAAGAUGAAACUGUUUGUGGUCUUGGAGCAGCUGAGUCCUGUUCAGCUGUUCCAGUGGGAUCCCCGUCAUCCCCGGCUUGCCAUCUGUAGCGGGAGCAGUCGAACGUACCUGUGGUCCCCAGCAGGAUGCGUGUCUGUACAGGUGCCGAUGGAAGGCGACUUCCAAGUGACUUCUCUGUGCUGGCACUCCAGUGGGGACUCUCUGGCUCUCCUGAGUAAGGACAACUUUUGUAUGUGUUACUUAGAAAGAGAAGAGGAAGAGGUGAGCUAGCCGCACCCCAGAGCAAAGCUGAGUCAAAAUGAAAGCCUGGUUUUGUGCAUUGGUUCUCCACCGGGGGUGGGGAGGCCGCUGCUGGGUUUGUCUGUACACAGGUGUGUGGAAAGUUCUUUGCCACUGAUGCGCUUUAAACAAAGUGCUCAGGUAGUUAUGAAAUACUGGAAAACAGGCAUUUAAACUUUUCCAUCCAUUUUAAAUAUAAUGUAUAUCUUACAGUGUGUCAACUAAAGUGUGUUUUGAAAAUUCAAUAAAACAUUUUUAUAUGCUUUGUUAAAACAAGGCUAUUGUAGUUCUACGA